AUAACAGAAUGGAUAACAUUCUAGAAUUAAUUUUAAGGUAAUCAUUACCUUCGACUUGAGAAUAGCCUAUGCCUAGUGAACAAGAACGAGUGUAAGAGGAUUGUUUUAAGGUAACUGUUACCGGAGCGGUGUCUUGCUAAUAGCUAAUGGCCAGUAAACAAAGACUAAAAAUGAAAGUUUGGCCUAAAGGAAUGACGUAACAUCAAGUUUAGAUACUGAAGUCAAUACUUAACCGAUAAAAAGAUAUAUGCAAAAGUAUCUGAUCUACUUGAAUAGUGAUCCAUUCAAGAACUAUUUAUACGGCCAUUCUUAUUCCCGGAGACUGCAAGUAUCCAGCUAAAAUAGAUGUUAAUCUGAACAAAAUAAACAAAAGAUGUCUCAUCCUGCUCAGAGGCUGUGAAUGCAUUCUGGUGGUUGUAACACUACUGAAAUCCAGUGAUAUAACCAGAAAAUAAGAACAAGCUGCUGUAAGCUCUCAACAUUUCAAGCGUGGCAGAAAACAGAAUGAUUUGAUUAGCUAAGUCGUUCCUUGUAUUGCCGUAGGGGGAUGGCACUACCCACAAAAUUUUGAAUUUAGGCUGCCGUCGAGUAAAAAACUCUUAGCGAUAUAGUUACUGGGUAAGUAUAUUAAAAAGAUAAUUUUUUCAUCCUGAAAACACAAUACACUGUGCAUACAUACGUACAGUACUGUAUGUACAGAAUAGGCACAGAAAAAAAUUUGAACUUUCAUGUGGCAAAGGGGAGUGUUCUGAACAUAAUUUUAAUUUGUGAUCUUUUUUUUUUUUAUAAGUUGAAUGUUUGUAAGUAGAGUGGUGUCUGUAUUGUUUUAAAGAACUUCAGAUCAGUAUAGUCUUUCAAAUUUUACAGGAUGGAGCGGAAAACGUUUAGUUGUUAUGACAAUUUCGUGACAAGUAAUAGCGUGGGUGCUCCAACUCACACACCAGGGACAGCAGCUAUUAUCCACCUGAAUGAUUUGAUUUCAGAAGGACUCAGAUAUGCUCAAGAAAAAACAGAAGCUCAUAUUACUUUUCCAGAAUCUGUGGAAGAUUUGACGUUAAUUGGUUUUAGCAAAGGGUGUGUCAUUUUGAAUCAGCUAAUCACAGAAUUUCACACUGUGAAGACAUCUGAAGAUGAAAGACCCGCUGUUCCAUUGAACUUCAUUCAGAAGAUAAGCAACAUGUAUUGGUUAGAUGGUGGUCAUGCUGGUGGCAGCAAAACAUGGAUUACAGAAAUUUCAGUUUUGAAUACACUUGCUUCUCUUAAUCAUAUAAAAAUUCAUGUCCACGUUUCUCCUUAUCAGGUAUGUUUGUGUUGAUAAUUUUCUCAUGCUUU